AUGAUCUUAUUUUAUUUAGCAUCCGCAUUUCGUGCUUUAUAUCCUCGUUUAGAUGAUGAUUUUGUUGAUAAACUCAAUUAUUAUUAUACGACUACCAUAUUAGCAUCAUUUGCAUUACUUGUUUCCGCGAAACAAUAUGUUGGUUUUCCCAUACAAUGUUGGGUGCCAGCAACGUUCACUGAUGCAAUGGAACAAUACACUGAAAAUUAUUGCUGGGUGCAAAAUACUUAUUGGGUUCCAAUGCAGGAAGAUAUACCUCGAGAGAUUUAUUCGAGGCGCAAUCGUCAAAUCGGUUAUUAUCAGUGGGUACCAUUUAUUCUUGCCAUUGAAGCUCUGCUUUUUUAUGUGCCAUGUAUAUUAUGGAGAGGAAUGCUUUACUGGCAUUCAGGCAUCAAUUUGCAAGGCCUCGUACAGAUGGCUUGUGAUGCAAGACUUAUGGAUUCCGAUGUAAAAAGUCGAACAGUAUAUACAAUGGCGAGGCAUAUGGAAGAAGAAGUUCAAUUAACACAACUGGAAAGGCAUAACCAAACUCGAACAUGUUUCUCAUUCAUACAAUUUGGAGGAAAUUGUGGGAAACGUUGUGGAUGUUAUGUUACUAUGUUAUAUAUUGGCAUAAAGAUGCUUUAUUCUGCAAAUGUUAUGCUUCAAUUCUUCUUAUUAAAUCAUAUUCUUGAUGCAAACGAUUUAGCUUAUGGUUUUUCAUUGUUAAGAGAUCUUAUGCAUGAAGUUGAAUGGGAACAAACUGGAAUGUUUCCAAGAGUCACUCUUUGCGAUUUUGAGGUUCGAGUUCUCGGAAAUAUUCAUCGACAUACAGUUCAAUGUGUUCUCAUGAUUAAUAUGUUUAAUGAGAAAAUUUUUUUAUUUUUAUGGUUUUGGUUUUUAACUGUUGGUUUGAUAACAAUUUUCAAUACUUGCUAUUGGAUUUUAAUUAUGUUCGUCCCGAGUAAAAGUGUACAAUUUAUUCGUAAAUAUUUACGAGUCUUAAGUGAUCAUCCAUCGAAACCUAUCGCUGAUGAAAUUUCACUACGAAAAUUUACGAAUCAAUUUCUACGAAAAGAUGGCGUUUUUAUGUUGAGAAUGAUUUCAACUCAUGCUGGUGAAUUAAUGAGCAGUGAGCUAAUUCUUGCGCUAUGGCAGGAUUUCAAUAAUGUUGAUCGAUCUUCGACACAAUUUUGGGAUGCUGAACACGGUGCAGCAACUCUUGAUGCAUGA